CGUAGCAUAGGAGCAUCUGUAAAUAUGCUGACCGGACACAAUAAAGUAAAGUAAGUGUAAAAUUGAGAUUUUUUGCAAUAUUUUACCGUCAGUGAAUGGACUAUUGCUGGGGUGUAACAAAAUUAAAUAAAUUACCAAUGUUUUGCACACUUUCCUAAAGACACAUACAUGUGUUACCCAGCACCAAUGCGCGCGCUUUUCACUUAUACCACUCGGAAAACUGAAACUCCCGGCAAAGUUUAGUAAAUCGCGUGUUUUCACGUUGUUCAGUUGCCGUUAAUAUCGUCGGCACGGGGAUUGUCGCAGACCGGAAAACUUUUGCGAUUUGUCGUAAGUGGCGUAAGAAAACUUCGUAAAUUGAUAGAUCUCGAGGAGAAUUGAACGGAUUUGGAACAUAUUUGCUACAAAAGUGAUUAUAGGUAAAACCCACACAGCCAGAUACAAAUUUUGUAAAAGAGAGGGCAAGGAUUUGACACAAGGAUUACACUCUUCUCGCCCAGGGGCCGAUCAGGGCAUUUUAUAAACGAUCAAAGAUAUGCUCCCCACGCGCAAAACUUCCUGAGCCGCUGUCGUUCCCGAUUAGGAAAUAAGAAUUCAUCAAGAAUGCCCGCGAUCUGGAUAUCGAGAUAAAUUUUCUCAUCGUCGUCGGCCAUCUAAAAAGAGAAGAAGAAAACUUUUCUUCGCGUUCCAUGCCGUGCGGAUCCUCAACGAAACUUUUAAAUGUCUUCGAGAACUUUUCAUAUUUAAAGCUCGCAAAAUAAACUGAAGAGAUCGGAAAGACAAGUUGUUAACUAAGUGGAAAGUGGAUACAAUGAACGAGGACGAGAUUCAACAGUUGAAUGCGAUCAUCGAGGAGAAAAGAUUGAAUUGUACGUCGGCUGGCGAUUUUAGCUACAGCAAUGUUUUGUCAUGUCCUGUGCACUUCGAUGGUUGGUCUUGUUGGCCCGAAACACCUGCAGGAACUGUAGCCAACCAAUCCUGUCCCGACUUCAUUCAAGGUUUUGAACCCGCAAAUACAGUGUAUUACAAAUGUGAAGAAGAUGGAAGUUGGUACUUUCAUGAACCAUACAAUAGGACAUGGGUUAAUUAUACCACUUGUGUUAACACAGAUGAUUUGUCGUUUCGCACCAUUGUGAUAAUAAUUCAUUCAGUAGGAUACAGCAUUUCAUUGGUGGCGUUGUUAAUAUCCCUAGCGCUUCUUAUUUAUUUCAAAACACUUAGAUGUGCACGAAUUCUUAUACAUAUGAACCUGUUUGCUUCGUUCGCUAUCAACAAUUUUCUGUGGUUGGUGUGGUACUACCUUAUGUUCGACGAGACUGAAAUGCUGUUUGCCAAUCAGGCAGUUUGUAUAGCUCUUCACACCGUUCUCUACACUUGUCUCAUAUCAAAUUACUCGUGGAUGCUGUGCGAGGGGCUCUACCUGCAUACGGUCCUUGUCUGGGCAUUCAUUUCCCAGAGGAACCUCCUGAAGGGCAUGAUAUUAAUAGGCUGGGGCAUCCCGUUGCUGACGACGUUCAUUUAUGUGCCGGUCAGAUGCCUAUUAGGCGAAGGAGAUGAGCUAACCAUGUGUUGGAUUAAAGACUCCAGGUUCGAGAUCAUCAACCAAAUACCAGUAGCUGCCACUAUAAUUCUCAAUCUCUUCUUCCUUAUAAACAUCGUAAGGGUUGUGGUGAUGAAACUUCGGAAAGGUCCUGCUGAAGGGCAAGGAUCUGGUGCUUCACGAUCGUCGCUACAAGCGUUAAGGGCAACCCUAUUACUAGUGCCACUGUUAGGACUUAACUUCCUUCUUACGCCAUUUAGGCCUGAGAACGUAGAGCCUUGGUUGUAUUUUUACGACCUAAUAUCUGCCGUCACUACAUCCUUUCAGGGUCUGUGUGUGGCUAUUCUGUUCUGCUUUUGCAAUGGCGAGGUCCAAGCACAAAUCAAAAGGAAGUGGAGUAACGUGCAAACAUUUAGACCAAGAGCAAAUUCUUGCAGCGCUACUACAAUGUCGGUACGUAAGGUGUCGGCAUCGGACUAUGAUCGUAAAGCAUCAGAAGUGGACUGGAUGCUAAGGAUGAUUGUGGAAUAAUAUACAUAUUAUAUAUACAUAGAUGUUAUCUUUUACGUGAAAUCCACCUAUCAAACUAAUGGCAGAGAAAAAGUAUGACUAGGACACCUGGCUCGCAGAGCCUCUCAGUGGGUACCUGAUAGAAGGCGUUCUUCAGUCAUGGUGAAAAAUAACGAAGACAGCGCUGAACCUUCGGCUCAAUGUGUAUAGAAUAUUAUUUAGGUAUUAAAUAAUACAACAUGAUACAGUUUACUGGACUGGCGUUGUAAACGAACUAGAUUCUAGUAAAAACUAUGAGGGUCGUUAACAGUGUAUAGUUUAAGUCAAAGAAAGAAACUUGUUCAUUUUAAAGAUUGUUUAAAGUAUUUUAUUUACAUCUUCUUCUUAACGUGCCCUAUCAAGUCCCCAUGACGUUGGCGAUUAACAUGGCAAAACUGUCUCUGUCUCGAGCUCUUCUAAAUAGUUGUUCUGCUUUCUUUGUUCCUGUUCACUCUCGGAUAUUCUUCAACCAAGAGGCCUGUUUUCUACGAAUUUCUCCGCGUGCUUUGAUUUUACCCAUCAUAUUAAGUUGAAGAGUAUUAUAUCGGUCUCCCCUUUCUACGUGUCCAAAAUAGCCCAUCUUUCUACAUUUGCUCUCUUAAAGACUUCUACAUUUGUCAGCAUAGCCGUCCAUGGUAUUUUUAGUGUACCUCUGUGCAGCCACGUUUCAAAAGCCUCCAAACGAUUAAUGGUGGAGAUUUUUUUUGUUCAUGCUUCGACACCGUAUAAGAGAAGUGACCAAAUGUAACAUCUAAUCAUGCGCUUUCGAAGUUGAAGUUGCAAAUUAUUAUUACAGACAAAUGACCUCAUUUUUAAAAAAGUUGAUUCUACAUGAAGAGUACAGGGGAAAAAUAAGGAAUGUCACAUUUUAUACAUAUUGAGAUAAACACCAAUAAAGGUUUAAUUCAUAUGAUACCUAAAAACUAUUUAGGAGAUUCUUAACAGAAUUCUAGCAAUUUUUAUUCUAUAAUCGUGAUUUAUUAUUAAUCUAUAUUAACUUAUUAAUUUAAUAAUGCACCAAAAAACUGUUGAUAUUCCUUAUUUUUGUUCAGUGGCGUGCGGAUAAUCCGGGUCCUUCAUCUGGAUAUAAAAUUUUUAGAAAAUUUAUAUAGACGGAUUUUUCUGAUUAUUUUUCUCAAUCGAUAAGCUAGUCGAUAGUACUCUAUUUUUGCUGCCACAUGGCGAGAAAAGCCAAAAAUCAUGAAAAAAUGACAUUCCUUGUUUUUCCCCUGUACUCUUCACAUAUUAUCUCUUUAUCUAAUACUUCAACGUCGGAAUUAAUAGAUCGACAGAUCUACAACAAGUAUAAGAAGAAGAAGAUCUCUUUAUCUGGGUCUAUUUGUUCAGUAAUAUGGCAAGCAAGAUAUUUAAAACUGAGUACUCUUUGAAUCAUAUGACCAUCAACAUAUAACUGUGAAUCUUGAUGUGCCAAACGGCAUGUAUAAACGGCAUAAACACCAUGUAUUUUGUUUUUGAACAGUUUAUGUUUAGGCCAAACUCUCUUUCCACUGUGUCAAUCGCAUUUAAAAGGCAUUGUAAUCCAUUAAUGUCAUCACAUAAAAUCACUGUAUCGUCUACAUAUCUGAUUGUAUUUAUCAGAAUUCCAUUAACUUUCACACCCCAUUCCAAAUUAUGCAGCGCUUCUUUAAAUAAUAUUUUAUCUGAAUAUAAAUUGAACAAUAAUAGGGACAGUAACCCUGUCCGCUUUGUAUUUUACCUGUUUCUGUUGACUUUCCAUUUAUGCAAUCUGUCGCUGUUUGACGCCAGUAUAAUUUUUCUAUGAUUCGGACAUCUUGACUAUCAACUCCUUUAUCCUUUAAUAUUUUAAUUAAUUUGUGAUGCUUUAUUCGAUCAAAGGCCUUUUCAUGGUCAAUAAAUUUAGCAAAGACGUAUUUCCUUUGAUCCCGGCAUUUUUGCAAUAAUACAAUUAGUGCAAAGAGUUCGUCCCAGGUUCCCAGUCCAUUUCUGCAGUCAAAUUGCGUUUAAUCCUGGUCUUCUUCAUAUUUAUCUUUGAUUCUACUGUGGACUAUCAGUCUGUAAUAAGGUUUAUCAUUCUAUAAUCGCUACAGUUUUUCGGACGUUGUUUUUUGGUAGGAUUAUGAAUUCCGAAUUUAAUCAAUCUUCAGGGAUAUUACCAGUCGAAUAAACAUGAUUGAAAAUUUUGACCAGUAUUCUAAUGUUUUCCUCAUUAAUGAGCUUGAACAACUCUGUCGGUAUGUGGUCAGGAUCAACGGCUUUUUCAUUACUGUGUUUUUCAUUAAACUAUUCUAAUUACUUGCAUUUAUACUCCAUCCAUUUUUCUUUAGCUACCUUUAUUUUUUGUGUAAUUAGUUUCUGUUUUUCCUUAUAUUCUGUCUUGUUACCUUUCAGUUUUCUUCUCUGCUCCAUUAAUUCCAGGAUUUCAUCAGUCAUCCAUUGUUGUUUUUUGUGCCUGUGUAUCAUUUUUGUAUAUUUUUUCAUUACUUUCAAGGUAAGAUCUUUAAACGUGCUCCAAAUUCCCGUAUUGUUUUCAUUUGUUGAAUUAUUUAGCUGAUUAUUUAGGUAAUUUUCUAUUAGCGUUUUGUUGGAUGCUGAGAUAUGUAUGUAAUUUUGGUGUUUUGGACUUUUUUGAGCUUCACUUUGAUGUCGGCUAUUAAAGGGUUAUGAUUUGAACCGCUAUAUACACCAGAAUAUGUCGUUGCUCUCUUACACAUCUAACUCAUAUACAUCAUUUUAAUUAACUAUCCUAGGUAAAUCGUUGAAUAACUUGAAUAAAUCAAAUCACGUCAGAGAAAAAUUUCAUUGUUUGAAUAAUAGCCUUUCUGAAUAUUCAACAUGUCAAUAACAAAAUAUGCUUUCUUUAAAGUGAACACAGUUGGUAAUAAUAUAAUGUAACAAACACAAAUAGUUAAUUACUUGCUGUACUUAUAAUGUUAAGGUAAAAUGUAAACUGCUAACAGCUAAUGAUAUUUUGUGUACUGAUUAUUUUGUAUAUGGAUCAACAACAUUAGGAAAAAUAUUUCAUAAUGAAUGUCAAUAAAAAGUAUUUAUUUAU